AUGGUAUCUCAUCAGCUUUUCCUCGUCUCUAUCCUCUUCUUUGAAUUUCCCUCCAUCUGUCUCUCGUUGCCAGUAACUAAAUUACCUUUAUACCAAACACUUAUACCAUACUAUCUAUCUACUUAUAAGGCUUUUGACGAUAUGGAUUCGUUCAGGCUGAAGGCACUGCUCGCAACUCUUGUAGCCAGUAGUGGUUUUGCUAAAGCGCAAUGCCCGGCUGUAUGGACGGAUGUUGCUGCGGACUUAAAAGAAACAUUCUUGGACAGCAGCGGGAAGUGUACCGAUGAUGCUCGUGCGGCAAUUCGACUCGCAUUUCACGACUGCUUUCCUAGUGCCUGUGAUGGGUCGAUCAUAUUGGCGAAUGAAUGCACCGAUCGUGGCGAAAACGCCCAGAUGGUUGAUAUAUGCUCGAAACUGGGUGACAAGGCAACACAGUUCAGUGUUGGCACUGCGGAUCUGAUUCAGUUUGCUGCUGCCUACGGAAUAGCGUCUUGCCCUGGCCUACCUACGAUAUCUGUCAAAGUGGGCAGAGUAGAUUCAUCCGAAGCGAACCCCACGGGCCAGAUUCCCGGUGCCAAUGACAACGCUACAUCGAUAGUGUCCGCAUUCGCGGCGAAGGGCUUCUCAAGUACCGAGUUAGUUGCUUUGGUUGGAGCUCAUAGCGCCGCCAAGGACCUGGCUGGAAACGCACUCGAUACAACGGUGCAAGAGAUGGAUACCAACUUCUACACUGAGACGGCAGAAGGAAGCGCCCCCGCUAGUUUGAAUAGCGACAAAUUCCUAAGCAACUCGACAGAAACAAGCGCUGAUUGGAAUUCUUUUGGCUCUGAUGCCGCAGCAUGGGCUGCUGCUUUUGUACCAGCGUAG